CAGAAGAAGAAUCCACUUCCGCCAAAGGAUGCACAGGCACACACACACAGCGCAGGUGUGCGCGCAUGACAGCUAGCUGUGCUGUUCAUUAUCACUCGCAUUGCUAAAAACAUUACAAAAUGCGUCCUUGUUAUGGGAUAAUAGACUAGAUUAACAUACAUAUGUUUGCAUUCUUUUUCACCUUGGCUCCGCGCUGAGUGACUGCGGUUAAGAAAAACUAUUUUAAAAUAAGUGUGGCUCGUUAAGCUAACGAGCGCUAACAGUUAGCUAGGGUAAGCUAGCGCUAACAAAUAGAGCCACGCCAAGAUGGACGAAGCUGCUGCCGCGGCGAUCAAAGAGGACGGAGCUGAAAAGAAACCCCACAAUGGAGACAGAACAUCUGAAAACAACGUCGGCCCAUCGGCUGAGGACACCGCUGAUAGAGUGGCUUUGACCUCCUAUUUUCCCCUUUCUAUUUUUAGGGGUUGGGGUUUUCUGCUGUCGGGAUUGUGGAGAAGCCUUCAGAGAGGAGGCAGCCUACUUGGAGCAUCGCCAUCAGCACCCACAAGAUAGCGUGUAUUUAGACAACCAGUUGGAUGGUUUACAUGAUGCAGAAAAGGACAGUGAAACAGCUAAUUUCUGUACUUUAUGUUCACUUUCAUUUGUUGAACCAAGUGAAUUUCACUUGCACAUGGAGAAGAACCAUGGCCAAACCUCUCAAAAGGAGUCUAGUAUUCAAAUAAAUUCUGGGAUAACAAAACAGCACACCUAUGAAUGUCCAGACUGUGGGAAAUGUUAUGGUGUGAUCGGACACUUUCUCAACCAUCAGCGCUCACACAGACAAGCCUCCAAAUCAGUUUUUCAUGACCUUGAACAUUUGAAGAAGAAGUCAUUUCAGUGCGAAUCUUGUGGGCGGAAUUAUUCUCGUGCUUCAGCUCUUGAUGCACACCGUCGUUGUCAUGAGGAAAAGUUAGUAAAGUUACGAAACAGGAGUUCAGGAGAUGCAUUUCACAUUGAGGAGUCAAUAGUUGAAGCCAAGCGCUGUGAAAAUCAGACAGAUGAUACUCCUGAAAAACCUUUUAAGUGUUCAUGUGGUAAAGCUUUUACUGCUCUGUUGCGCCUUAAAACACAUCAACGAUUUAGCCGUAACAGUCAAUGCUCUCCAGAAGAAAUGAAAGAAAAACCUAAGAAAAGCUGCAAUGAGUUUUACUGUAGUGAGUGUAAAAAGGCUUUCAGUGGCCAUAUCGCCCUCUUCAACCAUCAGCGGUGGCAUGCUAAUCACUCAAAUGACUCUGCGAAAAGGUUCCCAUGUGAGGAAUGUGGAAAAGUAUUUAUGACUCUAACGUUCUACUACAGGCAUCAGCGCACGGCGCACAGCGAUGAGACCCCAGCAAAGUCAUUUCAUCAUCAAGUGUGUCAGCUACAGAAGAAGGCAUUUGAAUGUAAAGAUUGUGGGCUAAAGUUUUCCAGGGCUUCAGCGCUUCACUCCCAUCAGCUUCAUCACACAGAUGUUUUCAGAGAAACAGAGAAGGAGGCCCAGAUGCACACCUCUGUGCUACCUCAACAGAACAUUUUGGAAAGUAAAAGAAAAGAAACUGAGCAGGAACAAAUGGAAUCAGAAAAUGUGCUUCCUAACAGUAUGGUUGAGAAAGACUUGCAUGUAAAUGAGACUGAUGAUGACAUGGAGAGUUAUGAACCUGGGGACUUUAACGUACAGGUGAUCAGUGCAAGUGAAUCUGAGGACGAGUCCGUCCAAGACCUGAAGCCCGACCUUGAGCUGCUGUGUGAAUCAGAUCAGGAAGUAAGAGAUGACAGUGACACUGGAGUUUCCCCAAGUAGUAUUGUUUCAAAACCAGAGAUGGAUUUGAAAAUUGUACAAAUUGACUUUGAGCAAGCUGACGUGCAGUGUGCACCGAUAGCCAGGGAAUCCGAGAAUAAAACGUCAGUGGAAAGAUUUGAUUGUCCAGAGUGUUACCGUUCGUUUUCUAGUGCUUCAUCACUGCGCGUUCACAGAAUGUGGCAUGGCAUUCAUAAGAGAAGACAACAGACUCAAGGUCAGUCAGUGGCAGUUUAUAUAUGUGACACAUGUGGCCACGAAGCCAGUAGCUAUGCAGCACACUGCAAUCACAUACAACAACACAAGAAUCAAAACACAAGCAAUGAUGUAUUGUGCCAGGCAGAGGGAUUGGAGAAGAAAACUCUGACAUGCAAUGAGUGUGGUAAAUCCUUCUCACGUUUGUCUGCUUUAGUCUCUCAUCAGUUGCAUCAUCCCAAAAGAAAACAAUUCCAAUGCCCAGAUUGCAUGAUGUCUUAUUCGCAUGCAGCUAGCUUGUUUAACCAUAUGAAAAACUGCUCUGCACAAAAGAAAGAGAACAUUUCAGUCACUAAGAAGGAGUACAAUCCAAAGAAAACUCUUCUAGGCCCAAAGAUUUAUCAUUGUGAACAGUGCGGGAAGGGUUUUUGGUCUCUAGGAGCUUACUCCCACCACAAGCAAAGUCAGACUGUGUGUGCAGAUUUGAGGCUAAGGAAAGGUAUCGCAGGAUCUUUGCAAUCUGUUAAUGGACACCAACGCUCCAGUGUUAAGGUUGCAUGUCAGGUGUGUGGUAGAAAGUUCCGUCACAAGGGCAUUAUGGCAUUGCACAUGCGCAAACAUGAAAAUGGAAAUCACAAAUGUGAACUCUGCAACAGGUCGUUCCGUCUUUUUUCCAGCCUCCUCAGACACCAGGUUGUGCAUAAUGACCAGUUACUCCCACCGCCUAUUAAGUCUUUUCAGCAUCAGGUUGAGCAGUUGAAAAAGAACACAUACAGCUGUCCUGACUGCGGGAAGCUGUUUUCACGAGCCAAAGCACUUCAGUUUCACAUGAAAAGCCAUGGGUAUGAGACUGGGCACUUGCCAUCAUCACCAAGAUCUACUGUCACGCUGGAGAAUCUCCAAUGUGCAACAUGCCUCGCACAUUUCAACAACAAGGCCUCUUUGAGGGCUCAUCAAAAGCUUUGCAUUAAAAGAGACAGUCAAGCAGUUGAUUGUAAGACAGAAGCCUCAGAAAAUAAUGAUACACUAAAAUUGCACAAGGAUAGUAUGGAUGUCAGCACACAAGGAAGCUCUGAGCAAAUAACAGUUAAAACUGAAGUAAAGGAUCACAGUGGGGGGCUAAAGAUGGAAAAUCAAUCAGGUGUUGGCAACUUAGAAAACCCAAGUACAACCAAUUUGAAAUACAAAUGCAAAAAGUGUGACAGAAGCUUUUCAGUGGUUGGAGCUUUGAAUUUUCAUAAAAGAAUUCAUGCUGACGGUUACAAAUCUGUAGCAAAAGCAAAAUUGGCCGUAUCUGUAAUGCUUAAGAAACCUAAACAGGAAGAGCCAAGUAAAGGACUAUUUCACUGCUCAGAAUGUGGGAGGCGAUUCAUGUCCAACUCAGCCCUCGGCUCCCACAAAAGAUGGCACAAAGAAAAGAAAUUUUCACGGUCCUUGCUAAAAGAUGAUGAUUUGAAAUCUGUUGGCCACCAGACAGAGAGCGGACCUUUUCAGUGCCACAAAUGUGGCAAACAGUUUUUUAACCAUUGUGUUCUCCAGCGCCACCAGAUGUUUAAUCCUCAGUGUCAAACCAAAACUGAGUCAGAGCCUGAUUCAAACAAAACUGUGGAGUUUUCAUGUCUAGAAUGUAACAAAACAUUUGUGCAAGGUUCACUUCUAGCUGCCCACUGUGAAAACGAGCACAGUAACACUUUGGAAUCUGGAGAUCAUCAAGGAGACGGGCUCACCUUGGUUGACCAAGUCCCAGAACAGGCUGGGAGUGAGUCCACGUCAUCGACACUGAAGACAAAAGCUCACCAGUGUCCCCUCUGCUCUAUGACCUUUGCGAAAGCAAGAGGUCUGCGGGCCCACAAAUGGCAGGCCCACUCAAAGAGAAAAGGCAAAAAUAAGGUUCUUUAUAAGGUUCCUUUGAGCACAAAAAAAGAGUCCAUCGCCUCAAGCAGUGAAGUCAAAAAGACUGAAGAUUCACCGGCUGUAGAUAAUGGUACAGUGACGCUGAAAAAUAGCCCUGUUGGCAGAGGAAAGAAGAAAAUCAGAUCAGACCCCCCACCUGUGACAUCUGUCACAUGCCUUGACUGUGGGAAGCAGUGCAGUUCUGCAGGUGCCCUCCUUGACCAUAAGAAAGUAUGCCUGGAGUCAAAACAGGAGAUCCAAACUCCUGAAGCCACGGCUGAGGUUUCCCCACCUCUUAGCCGUCUGUCAGAGCAUACAGCCAAAUGCCUCUUCAAGUGUGAUAAGUGUGGGAAAGCUUUCCAAACAGAGGAACAAUUAGGAACUCAUAAGACCAAGGCAAAGAGCCGGCCUUAUUGUUGCGCCCUGUGCUGCCAUGGCUUUUGGGCUGAGAAUCAGCUGCAGCAACACCUCGCCUGGCACGAUGAAGUCCGCUGUCGUCUCCCGAAUGAGGUUCGCUAUAGGCUCAGCGCUGCUAUGACCUCAAAGCCUCUAAAACCCAACAUCUCCUGUGAUGACACCAGAGGGAAGUCCUUUCCAUCCUCUACACUGAACCGACCCACACUUAACCCGGACAGCCAGUCACAAAUUAGCCAUAAGUGCCAACAUUGUGGCAAAGCCUUUCUUUCACCAACUGCGUUACAAAAACACGAAACUCAGCACUGUAACAAUGACUCAUAUCACUGCUCUAUUUGCCCCAGGACCUUCAGUGAAAUACAGGACCUUAUCAAUCAUCACCAGGAAUGUAUCGGUGAUUACAAAAGGCAGAGUGAUUCACUCGCUGCUGUCUCAUCAGGAGAUACCAAUGGCCUUACUUGCCUUGAAUGUGGAACUACUUUUUGUCAAGAAACUGAUUUGCACCAGCACUAUAUUGAACAUGCCCGUGGAGUGUAUUAGACUGAACAACCUGAAAAAACAUUCAAGUUAAGACACUGUAGAUUGUGGAUUUCUUUUGGAGGUUGCCAAACUAUGUAAAUGUGUUAAGCUACAAAAUUCCUUGUUAGACCUGUGUUUUAGGCUAAGUAGAAACAUGCUUUCCCUAAUUGCUUCUAUAUUGUUUGUGAUUCUUUGUACUUAAAAAGUUAAGCUCCUUAGGUUGUUUUCCUAUUCUCAGGCUGUCCUUCACACUGGAUUAGUAUAUGUACAAAUGUACAAAAGAAUAACCUUUUUAUAAACGUAUGUUGAGAUGUCACAAAUGUGUAGUAUUGAGCCACCAUUUGAUUUGUCCCUGUUUUGAAUAGACCUGUCAUGAAUGUCCGUUGAACCUUGUUAAUCUCUUUGGGGAUCACUGGCUGAAGUAUGGUAGUUCAUAUCUAGAUAUAUCGAAAAAAGAUUUAGAAACAUUUAUGCAUGCAUGUUUGUUCUCAUGCAUUUAAAAAGUCCCUGUUGACACACUACUUAUUGCAAAGUUUAUGAAGACAUUGAAAUAAUUCUGCACAACAAAUGUAUACUAAUUAUGCUGGUGUCCUUUUUAGAUACCUGAGGUUUGGCUAAACAAGGUCCUACUUGCAUAUUUCAGAGAGAAGAUAAAGAUAUAUGAAAUUCAAUAAUGUGCACUGAUUAUGUGAACUGGUUUAAAAAAAAAAAAUUUUAAUUAAAAAAAUCCUGAAGUUGAACAUUACAGCCAGUUACUACCAUAAAACAAUUACACAAUCAAGUAUUUAUUACAUUCAGCAUUGAUUGAUGUAUAAGCUCCCAUGUUCUUUCCUUUUCAGUGUUAUAUUUCUGUGUUGUGGGAAGAUUAUUCAUUACUUAAACUAAAAUAGCGCUUAUGUUCAUGUAGAAUAGUUGUUAGUUUACUGUACCACCUAUGUAGUGGGGGAAAAAAGUGUUUGUAUUGUACAAGAGAUGUUACUUUGUUAUAUUAAUUUAUAAUUUUUUCCCCCCCUAGAUGACCAAUAUACACUUUGACUACUUGUUUAACUUGCUGUUUCUGAAACAAUGAAGAAAAAGUUCUCUAAAAAAUAAAAAAAUGAUAAUUUUGAGAAUUGUGAA